AUGACCACCGACGGUCUGUCUGCCGCCAAACUGGCCAUCUAUCUCGUCCUCCUCCAACCUGCCCUUUUCUGCCUGUGGAAGCACGGAAAGACGGGAUUCUUAGGUUGGCUUUUCGUCCAAGCCUUCUGUGUCCUUCGCAUCGUCACCGGCGGCAUUGGCCUUCACGGGAGCCAAAAAGGCGAGGCUGCUCUAAUCCUGGGCAGCAUCGGUCUUUCUCCUUUACUUCUCGCCAUUUCAGGCAUCUUAUAUGAGGCUCGCCGCGCUGUGAAUCCCCGGCUCGAUCGAAAACGCGACGUGAUUCUCGAAAUCAUGUACCACAGCAUCGUGAACCUAGGCAUGAUACUGAUCAUCAUCGCUCUUGUCAAAUUGAAGGACGGCGAUUCGGCGUCCAAGAGUAAGACUAUGCUUUAUGUCGGCUUGGCACUCUCGUGUAUCGCGUGGGGACUUGUCACGCUCUGGGCAGUGUGGUCGAAUCUCAUGGUCCGCGAGUAUUCGUCAUAUGCCAGCAUGCAAACCGUCGACAAUGGCAAGAUUUUGAUCAAGGGUAUUUUCGUUGCUCUUCCCUUUCUCGCCAUUCGCCUUGUUUACGGUGUCGUAUUUCUGCAUCUGCAAGUGACGCACCCGAAUUCCGGAUUUCUCACCUCCCAAGCCGUUCAGAUCUGCCUUAGCUUUCUACCGGAAGUGAUUUGCAUCACCAUCCUUCUCCUCAUUGGUGUCGUCACCCGCUCCUUGCGACCGGACUUGAAGAAGAGGGAGCAGGAGGCAAUCGGACUGGUCUCUGGCCAGGAAAACGUGCUGCACCAACGAACUGAUUAUAAGUGA